AUGGACCAGAGACGUGCCGCAUUCCGGGCGCAAAAGGCCCCCUGCAUCGACUGCGGCAGGCCCUGCCUCGUCGAACACGAGAUUUGGACCCCCGGCGACGACGACGAACCUGCCCAGUACACGGGCCACUUCCCUAGCCCCCAGCCGCCCGUGUUUGGCGGUGGCGGGGGUAUGGGAAUGGGUGGAAUGGCCGGUGGAAUCGGCAGUCACAUCCAGGCGAGGCUCGCUGCUGGUCUCGGCGGAUUCGGUGGCAUGGCCGGCAUGCCUCCUUUGCCGUUUGGUAUGGGCGGUGCUGGUGCCUCUCCUUAUGGCAUGUCUCCUUACGCCGCGUCUCCGUUCGGCGCGUCUCCGUUCGGCGUCCAGAACCCGUACGCCAGCAUGGGUGGCCAGGCGGCUAUGAACCCUUACCAGCAAGGCCCGUUCCAGCAGAUGGCCGCCAAUCCCUACACCCAGAUGGCAACCCUGCCCACCGCGACGGCCAACCCUUAUGCGUCUAUGCCCUCGACCACCGGCCACCCAUACGACAACAUUGGCGCCCUCCCUGGCGUCCCAUGGAACCCCGAUCCUAUGGCGAGAUACGAAGCGUUUGUCGCCUUCCAGAAGGAGAAAGACGCUAAGAAGGUGGCCGACGACGAGGACAGGAAGGCCGCCCGCAAGGCACCGCCUCUCGCCAACCUGCCCAACAAACCCUUCCACUGGGACGAGCUGGACGACAAUUCGAGGCGCGAGUGGUAUGACAAGCACGAUUGGAUCAUGUAUGGUGGACCCGUCACCACGCCGCGUGGUAUGAGGUAG